UUGUCUUUUUUUUUGUUUUUUUUUGUUGCCUGGUCCAGGUUCAGGGCGGUGGUACCAGAAUAAGCUCUGGGUCGUUUCAUUGAUGGCGGAUCCUGCACCUGCGGAGUUUUAUGGAUAAGGGAGAGGGAGUCUUGAAGACAGGUUGAGUUAUGAGUGGGUUCUUCGAGAGAUGAGCAUGUUCUGAAAUUUGGAGUCAAAUAAAGCCCCUGCAAUGAGCCACAAGUAUCAGGAAGAUGUGACAGAGGAAGCAGUUGAGGAGCCGACAGCAGCCUCAGCCCCUGCCAGGAGCAGGCAACCCAAUGGGACCACUGGAGUACGUCGGUCCUGGAGGCCGUGCCAGGUACUCAACCAGGACGGAGAACCGACUUCCCAUCAUCAUAAUCAACAUAAUCAUCAUCACCAUCCUCACCACCACCAUAUGGGUCGUGGACACCAUCGUCAGCGUCGGCGGCCUUUGUCGGGGCAAGGACAGAACCAGGCUCAGAGUCCCGGUGCGGUCCCAGCUGGGGGGCCCUCAAGGGUAGAUGGAGGUGACGGUCAGGUUGGUGAAACACGUCCCAUCCAGCAGCCCCGCCCUGCUGUCGCCCGAUACCGCCGUCAUGGUGACCCAAACCCCAGACUCAGGGGUCACCGACAGCGGCAGCAGUUCAGAGAGACCCAAUAUUCUUCCGCUGUUGAUGUCGACGGAGCAGGGGCACAACAAAGCUUAGCGGUCGAUCCCAUAGUUGGAGAAUCCCAGGACAGGACUUCCCUUCAACAAACUCCAACCAACCUCUCGCCAACUUCUGCCAAGCAUCACACACAGUUUGACCCUCAUAAUGCACCUCCAGAUGCAGAGGAGGACCUCCAUGAGUGUAAAGCCAAGCAGGAAGAGGAAUCACAGGAAGUUAAAGAGAACGAAGAAGAUCAAGAACAAGUUGCGGAUGGUGGAGACUUCCACCCGUCAGCAGGCCCCCCAAGCAACUGCCACGAUGAAAGAGCCGAAGAACAAGCUGAAAGGGGGGAGGAGCCUCAGGAAGAUGUGAUGGACAAUGCAGAGGAGGAUCCUGCUGUACAGGGAAGUGAAAUAACAGAUCUGUGCUCUGACACCGAGAGUGCCGCCUCACUCAGUAUGGACGGACAUCUGCACAGCCCACCACCGCUCCAGUCACCAACUCCUCCCUCCUCCCCUGAUGUUCCCCCUUUCCCCCAACUGGACCACUUCAAUGAGGACAUUGGUGGAAGUUCUCCUCCGGACAACGAACCCUUACCUGAAGAGGAGGAGGAAGAUUGCUCCGAGUCCUGCUCGCUGUCUCAUUCAACCUCUUGUUCUGAAUCCUAUCCAAAACACUAUGCAGACUUUUACUCGGAAUCCCACCAAAAAUCUUACGCAGAGCCGGUCCACGAAUCGUACUCCGAACCGAAAUCCCACCCAAACUCUUUUCCCAAGCCCCUGAAGACCUCCUACCCAGAACCGAACAAGGAACCCCGUUGGCAACCAGGUCGGAGGGGUGAGCCUAACAAGGCCCAGCAAGAGUCUAGCCAAGAGCCUACGACCAUCCACGUGCAAAAAGGGGCUCCAUCCUCAACCGUUGAAGGCUCCCAUCAUGCCCCGAGGCAAGCAAGAGAACGUGGCACCUGCCAUUCCCCUCUGGAUCGCUCUGUUGGCUGCCGCUUGCACCAUUACAACGGAAAGUCUGAUGGAGAGGGGGAAGGUGCAGAUAAAAGCCCCCUCACAAAAAGUGGGAGGCAGGCAUCUCAACAACAACAGACCCAAGCCAAGAGUCCGUCUUUCAGGCAGAAUAUGUUGAAUGAGCCCCACGGUGAUCGGAAUGCGGUGGGUCUCUUGGCAGAAGCAACAAAGAGCUCUGGAGAUGCGAUCAGCUUGGCGAUUAAAGACAUUAGGGAGGCAAUUGAGGGAGUCAAAACUAAGACAGUGCGCUCGCCCUACACACCUGACGAGCCUGUGGAGCCCAUUUGGGUGAUGAGACAGGAGAUCAGCCCAACAGAGGAUACAUACCCAACGCAAGCCACUACCGGCCAUCAGUCUUCUCCUCACUCCCCAUCUCUGUCUGCUUUGGAGUCUCCAUCUCACUACGCCUCGCACCCGUUUCGGGAAAUCGUCAGCCCUCAAAGAACCGAAUCUCGGUCCCCUAAACCACAGCAUUAUCAACAGCAGCAGCAGCUCCAGCACAACCAUCACCACCACCAAGGCCACUACUCCCAUGAAAGGGAUGCUGCCAGGACCCCACAGACAUACGCACAGCCACAGACGUAUGACCCCACGGCCCCAAAUCAGCACCAACCGUGCCAACGUCAGCAGGAACAGCAGAGUCCACAGUCUCAGACGCAAGCGCAGUCAGAGUCCCCCCUCCAGAAACCGUCUGUCCAGGAGAUUCGCAGAGCUCUUCCUCCCUUUCCCACAUUUGUAGACGUCCCGGGACCGUGCGAACCCGAGGACCUUAUUGACGGCAUCAUCUUUGCUGCCACCUACCUUGGCUGUACUCACCUGCUGUCAGAGAGGACGCCCACCAAGAGCGCUCGCAUGCAGCAGGCCCACGAGGCCAUGAGCAGAGUACGGGCUGCUCAACAGCAGGCAAAGAACAGGAAAAAGAGUGCAGACGGCGAGGCUGCGUCUACUGCUGAGGUUGACCUGUUCAUGUCCACACAGAGGAUCAAAGUCCUCAAUGCAGAUACACAGGAGUCAUUAAUGGACCUUCCUCUAAGGACAAUAUCCUACAUAGCAGACAUAGGGAACAUGGUGGUUCUCAUGGCCAGGGGCAAGAUGGUCCGGUCCCGCAGCGCACAGGAUAACCUGGAUCACACAAAUGAGCAAACCACCAUGUCCAACGACGACAGGAGGCUGUACAGAAUGAUCUGCCAUGUCUUCGAAUCCGAGGACGCGCAGCUAAUCGCACAGUCCAUUGGGCAGUCCUUCAGCGUGGCCUACCAGGAGUUCCUCAGGGCCAAUGGCAUCGACCCAGAGGACCUGAGCCAGAGGGAGUACAGCGAUCUGCUCAACACUCAGGACAUGUACAACGAUGACCUCAUCCAUUUCUCCAAGUCAGAGAACUGCAAAGACGUUUACAUUGAGAAGCAGAAGGGCGAGAUUCUGGGCGUGGUGAUCGUGGAGUCCGGCUGGGGCUCCAUCCUCCCCACCGUCAUCAUCGCCAGCAUGAUGCACGCCGGCCCUGCGGAGAAGUCCGGCAGACUCAACAUCGGGGAUCAAAUCAUGACCAUAAAUGGGACAAGCUUGGUGGGUUUGCCGCUCAGCACCUGCCAGAGCAUCAUCAAGGGUCUUAAGUCUCAAUCCAGGAUCAAGAUGAACAUUGUCAGAUGUCCUCCUGUAACCAUGGUACUCAUUCGCAGGCCGGACCUCAGAUACCAGCUGGGCUUCAGUGUUCAGAACGGCAUAAUCUGCAGCCUGAUGAGGGGGGGCAUCGCCGAGCGAGGGGGCGUCCGGGUCGGUCAUCGCAUCAUCGAGAUCAACAGCCAGAGCGUGGUGGCGACUCCUCAUGAGAAGAUCGUUCAGAUCCUCUCCAACGCCAUGGGGGAGAUCCACAUGAAAACGAUGCCCGCUGCCAUGUACCGCCUGCUGACAGCGCAGGAGCAGCCCGUCUACAUCUGAAAGUUCACUCUACACUGUUUCCAUAGCUUCACUUAGUUUGUCUUUCCUACUAUCCAUCCUACUGCCUCCAAGUUGUUUUUGAUUCCCUCUCCCUCCUCUCUGCACCCUGGUUUGAUAUCACUUGACUUGCCUUAAAUCUGUACAGUUGACUGUCAUGUAAACAUGUUUAUGUCCAGUAUGACAGCAAAAGGCAGUUUAUCCUAGUAGGCUGAUUGUUCAUGUGGCAUUUUAUGUUCGACCAAAGAGAAUUUACGUUUUUUUUUUUCCUUUUCUUGUUUAUAUUUAGGUUGCUAACAGUGUCGAUAUUAGCUUUGGUUAAAUAGCUGUAAAACCUGAAUGUACUCUCAUCAUGAUGGACCUAUAAAUUGCCAGGGUGACCCAAGUGAUAAAGAACUUUUAACAGGAAUGGUGAUGAUCAAGGAAAAUGCAUGUACAAUUCUGUAGAAUAAACAGAAAAAUGGCAGUAAAUUCUGGUAUGCUCUGUUUAACAAUAAAAGUGUUC